UUAAGCCCAUUUUCAAAGAAAUUGUGGAAGCUGUUGUGGGAGAGAAAACUAGAAUUCGAGAAGUGUAAGCGAACCGUGAUCGGAAACCAUGGAUGCUUUGGAUUCGGUGUUCGAUCCGCUGAGAGACUUCGCCAAGGACAGCGUUCGUUUAGUCAAGAGAUGCCAUAAGCCCGACCGCAAAGAAUUCUCGAAAGUGGCUGCUCGUACUGCGAUCGGAUUCGUUGUGAUGGGAUUCGUAGGGUUCUUCGUCAAGCUGAUCUUCAUUCCCAUCAACAACAUCAUCGUCGGAUCUGUUUGAUCCUGGUCUUCAAUGGCAUUGACUAGUAUGGGGAAUUUCCAAUGGUGCUGCUUUUAUUAUCUUCUUUUUUCAGACUUCAAUUUCCCAGGUUUCUGCUACUGUACUUUGCUUGAUGAUGUUUUGGCUACCCUUAUAGUGUAGGCAGCAGUCUUUGUUUUGAACUUUUCUUUCAUAUUGUACUUCGGUGGUCUAAGCCAACCAAAGGUCAAAUUAAGUUGAUCAUGGGCCUGAAAUAUAUCUCUGCUCUCAUAUUGUUAUACUCAGGAUAUCACUAAUUCUUCAUUUACCUUUCUCUUCUAUGUUUUAGAAUUUUGAUGUCAUUCUAUAUGUAUAUUAUCAACCUAUAAUGGAUAUUCAGUAUAAUACGGAUUAUAAAACUACAAUAAAUUUUCCAACUGGAA